AUGGCCGCACCCCUCCCCAGGCCGGCGGGACCUGAACGGGAGGCCCGGCCGCUCCCGACAGCGGCACAGGCCGCGCUGCUGCCGGCAGGACGGGCCCUACCCCACGCCGCCUUGCCCCACGCCGGCCGGGCUCCCGCUUCGAUUUCCCGUCCCCUCCGCGGAGGGCCGAGGGCAGAGCGAGGAGGCGCUGCCGGGGGCACGGCCGGGCUGGAGGCAGCCCGGGGCCCCGCCAGCCCCUUCCCGCCGGGCCCGGGCGGGGGAGCGGUCCGCACCGGGGCUGCCGGGGCGGUCCUGAGGGCAGGGUGGAGGGAGGGGGUUGCAGCCGUGCCCAGGACACGGUGGCUGUUUAAUAAACCAGGCGCGUUUACGUUCGGUGCAGCCUCUGUUUAUAAAAAUACAGAAAACGAUCGUGAAAACAUCCUACAGGCGAGACGGCAGCACCGGCUGACUUGGGGACGUGCUGCUGCCGGGGAGCGGCGCGGGGGGCUGGGGGCGAAGGCGAGCAGAGCCCCGGCCGGGCACCAGGAGCCCAGCAGACGGACAGGCCCCCGGCCUGGCACGGGGGGGCCUCUCCCGGCCCUGCCCGCCCGCAUGUCCCCCCUGGCAGGCCCAGCCGCAGCAGAGAGCCCCCGGUGGGCGAAGGCUGGCCGGGGACUCCGAGGGCACCUUUGCCUGCUUCCCGCACUCCCGCACCGCGUGCUCCUAGGGAGGGGGACCCUCGUCCAGCGAUUGCCCGUGACCAAAGGGCGGUCAAACGCGCUGCUCCCUGCCUCUCCGUAUUGCCACAGCCGGGUGCUGGUCAUGCACGGCGAGCCCCGGCGAGCCCCCUGCGGCACCGCCGCCUGGAGACCCCGCGGGAAUCGGAGCAGCCCCGGGGGCCGCACAGCCCUGCCCGGGGCUGGGCUCGCUCCUUCCCUCCCGGUCCCCGGGGCAGCAGCUCGGCCCCGCAGCCCCCUGUGCACGGCACGGAGCGGCCUGAGCACCGGCGCCGCACAGCGACCCCCGUUUGCCGCAGCCCCGCGCCUCUGCCCGCCCUGGAGAGGAGUCCCUCGGCCGCCCCACCGCUCCCAGCGCCCUCCCGUUCGGGCCAGGGCCUGGGGACCGGGGGCAGAGCAGGGCCUCCAGCCCGUAGCGAGGCCGGCCUGGCCCGGCGGGUGGCCCCGCAGCCCUCCUCCCGUGGCCGUGGCCGCCGAGCAGCGCCGUGGCAGAGAGGCGACCGGUCCCCGCGUCCCCCCACUGAUUUCUGCGACCGAGUUGGAGGCUGCCGCUUCCUUCCGUGCAGGGAGCCUGCAGAAGGCCCCGGCGGAGAGGCAGAGCGGCAGGGACCCGGGCAAAGGCCUGUCUGCACCCAGCGCCUGCGGGUCACGUCUCCCGUGGGCCCCGGCGCAGGCCCCCCCGGCAGCGGGAGGGGAGCGCUCGCCCCCGGCACCGGGUUUCGCCCCUGGCACCCCCUCUCCGGCGGAGCGAGCUGCCCGCGCAACCCGGAACGAGAGGAACACCCGCAUCCCCGCUCCCGCCCGCCGAACAGCAGGCCUGGCCCAGGCUGGCGUCCAAGGGGACCCGCUGCGCCCCGGGCCGGCACCGGGCGGGGGUCGCCCCGCCCGCCCCGCCGCCCCGUCCCUUCCCGAGCCCCCAGGCGCCCGCGCAGGGGCCGCUGCCCGCGACCGCGGGCAGGCUUCGAAGCGAGGCCCAGGCCUCGGGAGCGCCGCUGCCGGGGCCACCGGCCCGGCGAGGAAAGCGAGAUCCGCCCGCGGCUCCCCGCGCCGGCACCGGCCGGGGCCCAGAUGGGGCUCGGGCUCUGCCGCAGCGCGGCCGGGCCGGGCCUGGGGCGACGCGGGGCUGCUCCGCGGUCGCCCAGCGCCGCCGCCCCAAGCGUGCGGGGAAGAAACGAAAGCGGAGCCGGGGUCUGUGGCGGGGACAGCCUGCAGCACUGUCCAGAGGGCUCUGCCUCCCGGCGCCCCGGGAGGGCCGGACACACGGGCGAGGUGCUGCCGGCUGCCCGCGCCCCGGAGCGGAGCGGAGGCGCCCCCAGCCCCGCCCGCGCCGCUCGCCCGCGGAGCCAACGAAACGGUUCCCGCACCUCCUCGGCGGCCGCCGAGAGGGCACCGGGCCGCCGGUCGGCUCGGCCCGGCCGGCGUGCCGCCCGCCACGGCGCUGAACGGAGCCGAUAGACCGCCCGAGCACAGCCCGCGUAUUGCCCGCAGCGGAGCAGGCGUGCGCGGCAGCGGACAGCGCUGCGAGCCCGCUGCCGGGACCCGGGGCCCGGAGCGGUGCCCGUCGCCGGGAGCCGGCCGGGCGGCGCGGAGCGGCCCCGGCACACGGCGCCCGCCCGCUUCUACGCUGCCGCUUCCCGAUCCCGAGCACGGAGGAGCGGAGCGAAACAAAACGAGAUGA